CCAACACAAGCACAUUCACAGAUGUCUCUGCUCGCGUAGAGCCGUCUCACCCGUCACGACAGAGCACCCAGCUCCUGUGUGAAGCGACGAGGCGCACGCAGAGAGAGAAGCAGAGAGGGACACACACACACACACACAGAGAGAGAGAGAGAGAGAGAGAGAGGGAUACAAAGGGAGGCAGGGAGGAGAAGAGGAGGGAGGCAGAGCGAGAGAAAGAAGAGGUGAGGAGCGCAUACAUUGCUGCCACUCUGACGUCUCCCCCUCUCAUGCGUCUGUUUCAGCUGGUGUGAGCGCAAGAAGAGGAGAGGAGAGGAGGGAAAGGAGGAAAAUAAAAUCCUGGGAGCCUGUGUCCUCUUAUAUUGCCUUCUUUUCUUUUUUUUUUCUUUUUCUUUUUUAAUCUCCAUCAUCUGAGGCAUGAAGGCGGGUGUCAGCUGGCACGGCAGAAUAAAAGAAAGGGAUGCUGUGAAUGCUGCCUCUCUUUCGACAGGGCACAAGGAAGAGGAAGUGGGGGACAACACACGGCAGGGACAAAAACAGGAUUUCUAGAAUGAAUGGGAGUCCUUCUGCCGCAUGCGCUGGGAAUAGCAGUCGCACACUGAAGUCUCUGAAUGAGGGGCCAGCCCUGAGGACGUGAAACUGUUGGGAGAGUUUGGAUGUCACCGGCGACACGUUUUCCCCCUGCGUUGGACCACCUUCAACUGCACACAUCUCUACUCUCCAGACGGCGCCAAUUAAAGCAGGCUUGAGACGAAGAAGUGUGGCAUUAUCGGACGACGCAAGGAGGAAAAGGAAUACACUGGAGGAGGGGCCUGUGCUUGCUGCAGACGGGCAGAGGACUGCUUGUCUGGACUCAGUGUUGCCCGUCUGGGUGAGUAGACACGGCAGAGGACAAGGAAAAGGAAAUGGUUGGCUGAGGUGUCAUGAAGGAUGUCGUCACUACGUUGCUCGUCCAGUAUGCAGUGUGGUCGUCCCAGCUACGCGUCACCAGUGGUGCCAUGAUCCAGUUAUAACUGUGGGUAAUGCCGAGCCACAUAACCAAUCCUGGAGAUGCCGAAGAGAAGAGAUAUUCUUGCCAUCGUGUUGAUCGUGUUACCCUGGACUCUGCUCAUCACUGUUUGGCACCAAAGCGCUAUAGCUCCACUCCUCGCCAUCCGCAAGGCCUGUCACCACCUAGUAAAAGAGAUCUUUAUCAUUCCAGAGAGGCUUGCAGUCCGCCACCACCGGCUCUCAGAUGAUGGUGUCGAGGGCAAGAGGGAAGCAGGUGGCCAGGCGCAGGACUCCAAGGAAUACUGUGCCUCAGAUAAGGACAUUGUAGAGGUGGUGAGGACAGAGUAUGUGUACACAAGGCCUCCACCUUGGUCCGAUGUGCUGCCUACUAUCCACAUCAUCACCCCAACUUAUAGUCGGCCGGUGCAGAAGGCGGAGCUGACGCGGCUUGCAAACACCUUCUUGCAUGUUCCCAACUUGCACUGGAUCCUGGUGGAGGACUCGCAAAGGAGAACGCCUCUUGUCACAAGGCUCCUCCGAGAAACAGGGCUUAACUACACCCACCUAAAUGUAGAGACACCCAGGAACUAUAAGUUACGGGGUGACACUCGGGAUCCCAGAAUCCCCAGGGGAACCAUGCAAAGGAAUCUGGCACUGCGGUGGCUGAGGGAGACCUUCAACGCCAACAGCAGCCAAGCUGGAAUCGUCUACUUUGCUGAUGAUGACAACACAUACAGCCUGGAGCUGUUUGAGGAGAUGAGGUCGACGCGGAAGGUUUCUGUGUGGCCUGUGGCCUUUGUGGGAGGCUUACGGUACGAGUCCCCCAAGGUCAACGCAGCUGGAAAGGUCUAUGGCUGGAAGACGGUGUUCGACCCCCAUCGGCCCUUUGCCAUCGACAUGGCCGGCUUUGCCAUCAACCUGAGGCUCAUCCUCUUCAAGCCACAGGCGUAUUUUAAGCUUCGUGGGGUGAAGGGAGGCUACCAGGAGAGUAGUUUGCUCCGGGAACUUGUUACACUCAACGACCUGGAGCCUAAAGCAGCCAAUUGCACUAAGAUACUUGUUUGGCACACGAGAACGGAGAAACCCGUCCUUGUAAAUGAGGGGAAAAAAGGAUUCACAGACCCCAAUGUGGAGAUUUGACUAUUUCCCCCUCAGAGCACGGUGGUUGGACCUGCGGAGGACGAAGACGGCCAAGUCUCUUGAUAAGUGCAACCAGCGCUCAUGUCUUAAUCAUCAGAAGAAGAAAAAAGAAAAGGAAAUGGGGGGCCUUUGAAAGGGGGGAUAUAAUCCUCCUGACUGAAUCUGACAUUUUUAAAAUCAGAACAGUACAAGACAGUACAAAUGUAUCAUAUUAAAGCACAGAUUAGUAAAACUGAGGUGCAGAGGAGAGUCGACGUGGACAGACAUGACUUGGACCUUCACGGCCCGCUGAAGACAACCUAACAACAAAGAGACAGCACAAUAUGAAAAGCAUACAGCCAGCGGAUUCAACCAAACAAGCAGGUUAAAGAACAUCACUUCACCUCAGAAAAAACAACAAAAAAAAACAACAACAAAGGAAAUAAAACACACGUCUGGAUCUGCACACGCUACAAGAAGGAUAUUCCUCUUGGAUUUAAGGACACGGGCCGGACCAACCGGCCUGGAUGAAAACACAACUUCAAGGACAAAUAAUGUCUCGUGUGGAUUUUGCUUUGAGUAAACAAACAUAGAAAGGGAAGGAAUGUUCUUUUUUUUUUAUAACUAUGAAAUGUUUGCUUUAAUUUAAUUUAAUUGGUCUGGGUGUUUUACAGGCACUUGACUUGCUAGUUCAAUUCUACUGACUCUCUUACCUACAUUUACUCUUGGGUUAUCGUCGUUCAUUUUAUAGUGUCAUUAUAACUCAUUGCAUUUAAGCCACCCCCCCCGUACACUUGAAGAAGAGACUGCGGUUUGAAACGUACCCCUUUGUUGUGCUUGGGAAACAUCAAAAAUCCUAACACUUCUUAGCACUUAAAAAAAAAGAAAAAAUACACAAAUGAUGUUCCUUUGCGGUAACGUGUAAAUAGUAAUUCAACAUGAGAACAAUCAGAGGGUUAGUGACAAAUUUUGACAAAAGCAUUGCAAUUACUAUAUUUAUAGGUUCCCACCCCCAACACACACACCUGGUGCAUUCCUCACAAUGAAACACAACAAGGCACAGGUUCACUCUAAGGUUCAACACAUGGAAGAGUAAUAGCACAUUACCAGCUUCAUUUGGUAAUAGAAACUUUCAUAAUGCGCGGAGAAGACUUCCAAAUACGCGGUAGACUCAUGAAUGCUAACCUAAUUACAGUGUAAGCUUUCACAUCAAGUGUCGCUUCUGACAUCGCAGGGAGGGGAAACGGUGUGUCAUUAUUAGUGACUAUGCACGCUCAUGUGGACCAAGUUGGCAAAGGUCAGCUAUCACAAGUAAGUACAGAAAAAAAACUGCAUCAAAGAGAUGAAAGAGAGAGAAUUUCUCUACAUAUGUCAGUCCCUCUCCUCUCCCAAAAAAGAAACACUUUACUACGACGUGAAGGAGACAGAAUUAAACAUACAUUUAGAUGCUCAGGCUACAUCUGCUGACUUUUAAAUACAACACACCUUCAAACAGCUGCUGUAAAUUAUGAAUAAUAGAUUUUUU